AAAUAUUCGGCUGUUCCAGCGAGCUCAAGGUUACGGUCCUAAUUAAUUGGGAGGAUUCCAUGCAUUUAUUGACAAAUGCCGGUAGAUUUAAAGAAAAGAGGUUCAAGCGACCGUAAUUCUGGCAUCACUAAAACAGCCUAUUACAAAACAUAAAGAACAUAGGUACCAUCUAAAGGGUACAUUCCAAGCACAUGCAGAGCAUCUCCAUGACUCAUCUCUAUUCCUGUUUGUCAGUUAUGGCAGGAUUGAAAUUGGGUUCAGCGAAAGAUAUGGAGGAGAGAGUAAAAACAGUGGUGGUUGGAGUGGUUGCAUGGACUGCAACAUUCAUUGGAGUGAGAAAGGUCUUAUCAAAACGUUCAUUUGACUUUUGCAACAGGGUGGUUUCUCUCAUCCAUGUGGCAGUGGCAUUGUGGUUGUGCUCUGUUUCCAUCCAAGAUUGGAAAAAUCCACUUCAUCCUUCGGCUUCUCCGGCUUCUCCAUCACAGAUACAUGCGUUAGCAGUGAGCCUGUCUUAUUUUAUUUAUGACUCCAUUUGUUGCUUGUUCGAUUCCUCUAUCAGUAUUUCAAAUUGUAUUCAUCAUCUGGUCAGUGUAUCAGGCCUUGGAGGUGGUGUUAUUUAUGCAAAAUGUGGCUCCGAGUUGAUUGGUUGCUUAUGGCUUAUGGAGAUAUCAAACCCUUUCAUGCACAUGAGGGAGCUUUUGAAAGAGCUUGGCUAUAAAGAUUCCAGUUUGAGCCUUAUAAAUGACGUGUGUUUUGCUGUUGUAUUUACACUAGCUCGAUUGAUUAUUGGACCUUAUAUUGUGUACGUAACGGUAACAGCUGACAAUCCUUUGAUUAUCAAGGUAACUUCAGUAGGCUUACAGGUUGUGAGUAUCUUCUGGUUUUUCAAGAUAGUAAAAAUGGUCAAGUACAAACUAAUUAAAGCAAAAAUGCCAAAGAAACGUUUGUAAAUUUUCUUGUCAACCACAAAUGUAAAUUAAGAUUUUCCUUUAGUCAAAUUUGACUUAAAGAGGAAACAUGUGAAGAAACAGGGGCUCACAUUAAUUAGCUGCCCUUUGUAAGUUUGAAGUGUGGAAUCCAAAUAGAAAAUUUUGGUUUCGAUUUAGUUUCUAAUUCAA